AUGUCGGUCGUCUCUUUGCUUGGGGUUAAUAUCCUCAACAACCCGGCCAAGUUCACCGACAACUACGAGUUUGAGAUCACUUUCGAAUGUCUCGAACAAUUGGAAAAGGAUCUUGAAUGGAAACUCACCUAUGUCGGCUCUGCUACAUCCGAUCAGUACGAUCAAGAACUCGAUUCCCUGCUGGUCGGACCCAUUCCCGUCGGCGUGAAUAAGUUCGUCUUCGAGGCCGAUGCUCCCGAUACGAAGCGCAUCCCUGAUGCCGAUGUCCUGGGCGUUACUGUCGUUCUCUUGACAUGCUCUUACGAUGGCCGCGAGUUCGUUCGCGUUGGCUACUACGUCAACAAUGAAUAUGAGGCGGAGGAGCUGAGCGCAGAACCCCCAGCCAAGCCCAUUAUCGAGAAGAUCCGACGAAACGUGCUGGCGGACAAACCCAGAGUUACUCGUUUUGCCAUCAAAUGGGAUUCCGAAGCGUCAGCUCCAGCUGAGUUCCCCCCGGAGCAGCCUGAGGCGGAUGUGCAGGCAGAUGAGGAAGAGUACGGCGCUGAGGAGCUCGAGGAGGAAAUUGAAGAACCUGUCGAGGCAAAUGGCGAGUCAUCUGCCGCCGCAGCCGGCGAUGACGCUGCUAUGGGUGGUGUUGAAGAGGCCGUUGGGGUGCCUGCUGAGGAGGACGAGAUGUCCGAGGAUGGCAGUGUUGAUCUCGAGAAUGAG